GGAGACAUCAGAGGAUUAUAGUAAGCACCACGUUUUCAAGUAUAUUUUAAGCACCUUCCAAAGGAACCCUGAAGACAGUAUCUAGUUUUACUUCUCUUUUAUCCAGUGGGCACCCAGUAAAAGCUGGCUAAUUAAAUAAAUACACCGACGCGCUGGCCGCCCGCUGGAAAAGCCUUUUCCCUACGUUCCUCUCCAACUGUAGGGCCCACUGCGCCGGCUGGUAGAGCGGGAAAGGCCGCAGUGGAUUCACAGCCAAGCCCCGUUCUCUAGCUGUGCGAUCGUGGGGCGGGGGAUGCUGCUGAGUUGCAUCUCCUACCGUGGAAGAGCCGGGAAUGCGUUUAGGGUUCAGGGAAAAUGCAGUCCGAUAAGGUCAUGCUCACUGCUCGGAUUUAAACCGCCCUAAGCUGAAACUGGCCUUGCGAGCUGGUUUGGGUAGGAAGUCUAUCCUUACCAUUCUAAGGCCAUUAUUUCAAAAUCCCAUGGACUUUUACCUUCCUAAACACAGUUCUGAUUUCUUAACAGAGGCCCCUAAGCCUACAAGGUAUGGACCCCCCGUGGGCCACCGCGGCCGUCUCCGGGACAGCGUCACCUUCCGAGCUGGGUCUGGGUUUCCCAAGCCCAGGCUCGGCCCCGAGGCCCGCGGCUGUGCGGCACAGGGCGCCCAGGGGCCGCCUUUCCUUCCUCCCAUCUACCCUGCGCCGUUAACGUUCACGAACAGUCCACGCAGGAACGUUUUAAACACCCACUGCGUUUUCAGCUUUUGCUGCCCAGCUGAACCACCCCAUUGAGCUCCUCCGCUCCAGAACUCGGCCCGUGGCUCCCUUUGGACUGUGACGGCAAGGACCCCAAUUUGCUGUCACGGGCGAGACUUCUCUGAAGCUGGAGGUGCGCACGCGCCUGGCUCAGCAGAAAGAUCUCGAUCCCGAACAUGUGAGGGCCCCCAAAGCGCCCACAUCCCUCGGGCAGCGUCCAGGCCAAGGGCAGCGGCCGGGUGCCCGGCAGGCCUCCGCGGCCCUCGCCCCCCCGCGAGCGCGUCCGCUUCUCCGGCAUUGCCCUCGGGAUUCUCUACGGAGAGCGGGCGAAGGGAUGGAGUGAUGAGGGACGGGCGGCGACGGUGGGACGGCCGGGAGGAACUCGCUCGGGGACCCUCUGUAAACCUCCGGUAGCCCUGCCGGGUCGGACACCGCCAGCCCUGAAGCCCGACGCCUAUUCCCCCUUCUUUAAAUUGAUUCCCUCGGCCUUCCGUUUUCCUCUCGGGGAGGGGUGGGACUUCCGGCUUCGUGUCCGAGGCACUUCCGGCAAGUGCUGAUGUACCGAAAACAAGACGGCACCCGGGCCCGUUGGCCAUUCGGGGAAAAAUAAAAGGGAACUGGAGGUGGGUUUUACUAAACCAGUCCCGAGGUCUGUUCUUUUGGUUUUAGUGUCUCGCGAGCGGUCCACAACGGAGACAACCUGGGAGCUGCCGGAAGUCGCUCAAAGGAAAGACGGGAAGUCCCGCCCCUUCCUCCCAGAGGGAAGACGGUGAGCCGGAGGAGUCAGUCGUAGGGGCUAGCAGGGGCGAUCCUGUCGGCAAACAGGCCCGAGUGCCAUGUGAGCUGCCGGACGCAGGGGGCACCGUCGGCCUUCGCUCACGAUGGACACGGAGAAGAAGCCCGAGAACGAGGAGGACGAGGACGUGAGCAGAGAGGCGGGCGGCUCGCAAGAGGCUCCGUCCCGCGACGACGCGGGCCGUGGGCUGGUGUCCGACAUGGCCGCGGGCUCCUCUGAGAACUCCACGGGCAAAAGAGCUUUCCCGGGGUCAGCGAACGGUGUCCUUUCGGAGGAGGACGGAGACGGCCGUGCGCCCAAGCGAGUGAAGCGGGGUGAGGCGGAGCCCCUUAGACCUGAGGAGCAGGGCGUUGGCAGGGGCUCAGAAGUGGGUGUCCCGUCGGGCGACGCAGCGCAGGCGUCCAUCCUGGACAGCCGCUCGGAGGGAGACACAGGCCUGCCUGCAGCCGGCGCCCCUCUCGGCAGCUUCAGCACGGCGGACACGGCCUCUCCGAUGACAGACUCUGGAGCGACGUCUGCGCAGGAAGCGCCUUCCCUGGGCCCAGAAGCAGACGCUCCUCUCCCCCCGGGAGAGGCGGCCGGCGCCGGGGGCUCCGCCGGAGAGGUGGAUCCGGUGCUCAGGUGCAGCUCCCGCGGCCCUCCGCGCUCCUCGUGCUCCGACCCGGACAAGCACGCCACGUGUCCCGUGCCACCGCCCGCGGGAGCUGCCCGCUGCCCCCGCAGCCACAGAGCGGAGGGCGGCGCGGCGCGGCCGGUGCCCGGCACACAGACGCACGGGCCGCAGCGGGUCUUCUCGUGCGACCUGUGCGGCUUCCAGUGCGUGGAAGAGAGCCUCCUGCGUGCGCACUGUCUUGGCAAAACGCACCUGCGGCGCCAGAACCUGGCUGCGCGGGGGGGCCUUGUGCAGACCCUGACCAAGCCGCCCUUCCCUAGGACACCGUGCGCCGUCGGGGCAGAAAGUGUCCUCGCAGAACCAAGAGCUUCUAACCAAACAGCAAAGAGCAGUGAUUCAAAAAGGCCAAGAAACGGAAGCAAAUGUGAAGACCUCAGAGGAAGCAUUUCUAAGCAGAGUAGGAGCGGCAGCGAGCUUCUCGUGGACAUGAGGCCGUGCCGGGGCGCCCCGCUGGAGAAAGGGGAGGUCGUUGAGGAACUCGCCCCUCCCCUCGGCGCAGCUCCAAGCCCUGAAAACCUGAGUAGGAGGCCGGAGGCCUCGGGAACCUCGCAGGGUCUCUUGGACAGGGUGGACUCGACCGGGAGGGCCUCGCAGACAGCACGUGGCGUCAGCACGGCCCCGAGGCCGAGGCCCGAGCGAAGCGCCCUCGCACCGGCUGGUAGCUUCCGCCGGCGCAGCGGCACGUUCCCCUUAAAAGGCCAGGCCAAGAAAAGGUUUAAUCUUUCGGGAAUCAAUAAGAGAGGCACCAGUGAGACUCUGAGGAUAUAUAUGAAACACUUCAGAGCACAGAUGAGGACAGGUGAGGCUGAAUGCACGCCUAGACUCGUAGAAGCGAGCGGCGGCGCCCAUGGCCCCCGCGAGACUUCCGCAGAGACCCAGGAGCCGAAGCCGGGCGAGAGGAGUGCCCUCCCCCUGUGCCCCUCAGGCCCUCCGGCAGCGAGAGCGGCGUCCGACCUGCAGACGGCGUGCGCGUGGACAGACUGUGGGCCGCUGGCUGCAGGCAGGACAGAGGCGCGAGUCCACGUGCAGGGGGGCCAUGCGCGAGACGGGGAGCUGUCCCACCAGACACGCGACGUGCCCGGUGUGUCGGGGCGGGACCUGGAGGAACGCUUGCAUGACCGCCAGCGCCAGCCCGCCGCCCCUGCCCUCCGCCGCGAGUGCAGCUCGUCCGCCCCCUCCGACGAAGCCCGUCUUAGAGACCACGUGGAGGUGGAGCAGGGCGCGGGCCUUUCCUGCUCUCCCCGUGAGCUGUCCUCCCCGUCCGAGAAGGAUGUGGGGGAACACAGGCCAGCGGAGAAGCAUCUUGGCCUCCUGGGUCGACCACAGACGUCACAGUCACUCAGCGGUGACCCGCUCCUGCAGACUUGGAGUGCGCCAGCGGCCGGGAGCGCGGGGGCGCCUGGGAGCCAGUCGGCGAGGGCGGCGCAGGAGGAGCCGGCCAAGGCCCGCGCAGGCCACGGUGGCGAGGCGCGGCACGCAAGCCGGCCGCAGUUCCAGUGUAAGAAGUGCUUCUACAAGACGAGGUCUUCCACCGUCCUCACGAGACACAUAAAGCUCCGGCACGGUCAGGACUAUCACUUUCUCUGUAAAGCGUGUAACCUUUACUCGCUGAGCAAAGAAGGGAUGGAGAAACACAUCAAGAGAAGCAAACAUCUUGAAAACGCUAAGAAAAAUAACAUCGGGUUAAGCUUCGAAGAGUGCAUCGAAAGGGUCUGUAUAGGCCCCGGUGACAGAAAGGAAGAGUGCGCCGCUCCCGGGAGCGAGCGGGCCGAGGGCCGCGCGGACGCUGUGCCGCCGCCGCCCUCCUCUGCGGAGGAGAGCGUGGCGCCGGCUGCCGAGGAGGAGUCACAGUCCGGUGCGGCCGCCCAAGACGACGAGGCCGCGGCCGCUGCUCCGAAGAGGGGGAGACCCAAGGGCAGCAUCUCGCGGACAUGCUCACACUGUGGCCUUUUGGCCUCGAGCAUCACGAACCUGACCGUCCACAUCAGACGGAAGCACAGUCACCAGUACAGUUACUUGUGCAAGGUGUGCAAGUAUUACACGGUGACUAAGGGGGACAUGGAGCGCCACUGUGCCACCAAGAAACACAGAGGGCGUGUGGAGAUAGAGGCGCAUGGGAAACAGAGCUCGGACAUCGUCGUCGGCCCCGAAGGGGGGGACCUUGAGGCCUGCGGCCGGCACGCUGGUGCGGACGAGCGUGCUGAUAGGUCAGCUGAGUCAGACCCCUCCCUUGCAGAACAGCCGGGGCGAGAGCUCGGAGAGGUGGUGGAAGGUGGGGUCGAAAACGCGCUUCCCUGCGUAGGCGGGGAAGCUGGCAGUCCCCUCGCUGACGAGGAGGAGCAGGUGUCUCUGGAGCCAGAGGAGCUGGGGCAGCAGGGGGAGGCGUGCCCCCAGAGAGACGCCCCGGGCGCCGGCGACAACAGGUGUGUGCACUGCGAGUUCAGCGCCCACUCGCCCGCCUCCCUGGAGCUGCACGUGAAACGGAAGCACACGAGGGAGUUUGCGUUUUACUGCAUGGCGUGCGACUACUACGCCGUGACCCACCGGGAGAUGACCAGGCACGCGGCCACCGACAAGCACAAGACGAAGAGGCAGUCCUACCUGCCCUCCCCCGAGGUGGAAGCCAGGUCCUCGGAGCUGUCCGGAAACGUCGCUGUGCCGGAGGACCGGCAUCAGCCACGUUCUGCAGAAUUUCAAGUAAUUCCAGAUCAGCCACCUGAGACUCCUAAGUCCGGAGACGCUGCCGACUGUUCUGUCCUCGACGGGAACCCUGACUUGGGCGUGCCUCAGGUGCUCUGUGCCCCCGACCCUGUGGACGCUGAGACCCAAGAAGAGCCGAGUGUCGGUGGAGACCCUUCCUUCCGCGAAAGCUUCCGAGAGCCCCCUGCCAGGGGCAGAGCCGGGGGGCCGGAGCAGAGGGCGCCCCUGACUGUGUCCUCUGACCGCGGCUCCCCGAGCAGGUUUCAGAGCAGAAGUUCGGGGGGCUCAGCUCUGAACUAUGAGACGGUGAGGAACAACCAUGAUAGACUGAGUGACGUCGGGGACCCAAGUGCACCUUGUGAGAGCGGUGGAGGGAAUGGAGGAGACAAGGCAGGCGGCACCCUCAGCCAGCGCGGGUGUCCUGGAGUUCUGGGUGGAGCCCAGGCGGCCGAAAGCGCCGUCCCUGUUGUGUUGAGAAUGACGGGAGGACAGCCAGACCUGGACAGCCGUGCUCAGGACAGAGCGGGCCGUGUGCGGAGCUCCGUGGGUUUGACGGCCAUGCCCGUGGAAAGCCAGGGCGUUCUGAUGAACUCCCCACCGGAAGCCGAGAUUGUCCUGGAGGAGGACGGCCCCGCCUCCGACAGCACCGUCGGGAGCAGCGGAAUGUACGAGACCAUCGUCAGCAUCGAUGACAAAGGACAGGCCACGUACAGUGUCGGCCGCUUCGACGCUUCCAUCGUGAGGAUCAAGAGCCCGGAGGACGAUGCACUGGCCGAGCCGGCCGAGGAAGGCCCGACGGCGGGGAGAGGGCGCAGGUCGCCCCCCAGCGACGGCGCGCAGGGCGCGAGGAGGAAGAGGUGCGAGGGCGGCCCCUGCGGCGAGCCCACGCGCAUCCGCUGCGACGACUGCGGCUUCCUGGCCGACGGGCUGAGCGGCCUGAACGUGCACAUAGCCAUGAAGCACCCGACCAAGGAGAAGCACUUCCACUGCCUGCUGUGCGGCAAGUCCUUCUACACGGAGAGCAACCUGCACCAGCACCUGGCCAGCGCCGGGCACCUGCGGAACGAGCAGGCCAGCGUGGAGGAGCUCCCGGAGGGCGGGGCCACCUUCAAGUGCGUCAAGUGCACGGAGCCCUUCGACUCGGAGCAGAGCCUGUUCCUGCACAUCAAGGGGCAGCACGAGGAGCUGCUCCGCGAGGUGAACAAGUACAUCGUGGAGGACACGGAGCAGAUCAACCGCGAGCGGGAGGAGAACCAGGGCAACGUGUGCAAGCACUGCGGCAAGGUGUGCCGCAGCAGCAACUCCAUGGCCUUCCUGGCCCACAUCCGCACGCACACAGGAUCAAAACCAUUCAAGUGCAAGAUCUGCCAUUUUGCAACAGCUCAGCUUGGCGAUGCCAGGAACCACGUGAAAAGGCACCUUGGGAUGAGGGAGUACAAGUGUCAUGUGUGUGGGGUUGCUUUUGUGAUGAAGAAGCACCUAAAUACUCAUCUACUAGGCAAGCAUGGAGUUGGCACCCCGAAAGAAAGGAAGUUCACGUGCCACCUGUGUGACCGAAGUUUCACCGAGAAGUGGGCGCUCAACAACCACAUGAAGCUGCACACGGGGGAGAAGCCCUUCAAGUGCACCUGGCCCACGUGCCACUACUCCUUCCUCACCGCCUCGGCCAUGAAGGACCACUACCGGACCCACACAGGCGAGAAGUCGUUCCUGUGCGACCUCUGCGGCUUCGCCGGCGGGACGCGGCACGCCCUCACCAAGCACCGCCGGCAGCACACAGGAGAGAAGCCCUUCAAGUGCGACGAGUGCAGCUUCGCCUCCACCACCCAGUCCCACCUGACGCGGCACAAGCGGGUGCACACGGGCGAGAAGCCCUACCGGUGCCCCUGGUGCGACUACAGGUCGAACUGCGCCGAGAACAUCCGCAAGCACAUCCUGCACACCGGCAAGCACGAGGGCGUCAAGAUGUACAACUGCCCCAAGUGCGACUACGGCACCAACGUCCCCGUGGAGUUCCGGAACCACCUGAAGGAGCAGCACCCCGACAUCGAGAACCCCGACCUGGCUUACCUGCACGCAGGCAUCGUGUCCAAGUCCUACGAGUGCCGUCUGAAGGGCCAGGGGGCCACGUUCGUGGAGACCGACAGCCCGUUCACCGCGGCCGCGCUGGCGGAGGAGGUCCCCGUGGCAGACAGGCCCCUGCGGGGCGGCCGGCGGCCGGCGGCGCCCGAGCAGGUCCAGCAGGUCAUCAUCAUCCAGGGCUACGACGGGGACUUCGCCCUGGACGCCUCCGUGGAGGAGACGGCCGCGGCCACGCUGCAGACGCUGGCACUGGCCGGCCAGGUGGCUCGCGUGGUGCACAUCACCGAAGACGGGCAGGUCAUUGCCACGAGCCCCGGCGGGGCGCAUGUGGAUGGCGGGACCCCCGAGCCGGUCCUGCCGGAGCAGGUGGCGGAGGAAGCCACGCAGGUGGUGGUGGUGGGGGGCUCGGUGGAAGGCCCCGUGGCCGCGCCCCUCAGCCCCGGCAGCGCCGUGAUGCAGCAGGUGGGCAAGCAGGAGCUCCUGGACCUCGGCGAGGCCGCCGGGGCCCAGCCCGACGCCGCCUCUGCCUUGGACGCCCUGCUGUGCGCCGUCUCUGAGCUGGGAGGGGCGGAGGGCAGGGCCGGGUCUGGCGACGCGGGUAGAGCCAGCCACAAAGAGGUGCUGGUCCAGCUGCCUGGUCAGGAGGCGGCGCCCACUGCCCAGCCCGAGGCCGCCGAGAUCCACCUGUUCCAGGACGUGGCGGACAGCCCGGCCGCGCAGCCCCUGGAGGUGCUGACCCAGGUGGUCCGGCCCUCGGCCCUCGGCGCCUCGCAGGAGCGGGCCCAGGUGGCCUUCAAGAAGGUGGUGCAGGGCGUCCUGCAGUUCGCUGUGUGCGACGCGGCCGCCGCCGGCCCGCUCGGGAAGGACGGCGUCACGCAGGUCGUCGUGAACGAGGAGGGCGCCGUGCACAUGCUGGCGCGGGACGGGGCGCGGCUGCUCGUGCAGGAGGCUGCGGCCGCUGGGCCGCACGGCGAGGUCUCGCAGAUCAUCGUCACGGAGGAGCUGGUGCAGGCCAUGGUGCGCGAGUCCGCGGGCAGCUUCCCCGAGGGCGCCACCCACUACAUCGUGACGGAGCUGCCCGCGGGCGCGCCAGAGGAGGCUGCCGUGUACUCCCACGCUGUGCUCGAGGCUGCGGCCAGCGCGCAGGGGCUGCUGCAGGCCGGGGCCGCGCUCGGCACUGAGGCUGGGGGGCCGGAGCCGCUGACCAGCAUGGUCAUUUACACCCAGGAGGGCGCCCCGGCGGCCGCUGUCCUUCAGAGCCAAAGAGACAGCCACGAACUCCAGGAAGCCUGAGGCCCGGGGCGGGCCUGGGAGGCCCCCGGGCGCUGGGCACAGGGGUCCCGGAGGACGGCAGCGGGGCAGCUCAGAGCGGCAGGCAGCCUGCAGGCCCGGCCGGGCCGAUGAGGCCGCCCGCGCACCAGCUCCGCCCAGUGCUGGGUCUUUGGUUCCUUGUCCCCGGGGCCGGGAGGGCCUGGCCGCCUACUCUGCGCCCCCGCCCGCCGCACACCGACGCUGUCCGGGUUCAGCUCGCAAAGCGCUUUGCCCCGGCCCCGUCCGCGGCAUCCAAGCCGGAGCUCCGCGAGCACCCGGGCCAGAGCGCGCCCUCCGCUCUCCCCGCGGCAGGUGGAUUGGUGGUAGCUCUGGUUGCACCCUCUACGAAGAAGCCGAGGAGUCCCGAGGCUCAGAAAGGCCUCGGAGUUUAUUUUUAAUUAAAACAUACCCUGGUCAAGACAGCCCAGUGCUUCUAAUUUCGACCUCGUUCCCUGCAGUGACGCCCACGUGGGGAGCGUGCAGUCUGGGAAACACUGUUCAUGUCCAUGUUCUGCUUUUAUGACGUGUUUGUUCGUGUCGCUGUCACCUCGCAGGACCCGCUUGUCACUUACGUCGGUGCGUGGCUGCCGGGCACCAGGGCCGCAGGAGGCAGCCCCGCCCCAGGGCCUGCGUGGUGUGUGGUGGGCGAGGCACGCAGGGGCGCGUCCCCCGCCGCGGCGGACCGCAAGUUUACGUUCCAGCAGUUUGUUCCUUGAUGCAAUUGCUCUCCUUUCAUUUCCGAAACUGUAAAGUAAUCCCCUCCCGCUCCGCACAGGUUGUUCUGUUCUGUUUCUCUUUUCUUUGAAAUAAAAUUACAGCAUUCAAA